CUUUGCAGCAUUUGAUUCCAGUCUCAAAUUCCUUCCUUCGCAAACUCCAUUGUUAUCGCUCUGCCAUAUUGAUAAUCGCAUUACCUUCUGGCUCAUCUGCCUUUCAGCUUUCCUUUACUGCGACGAUGGCGGACUACCAGUAUGGCGGCUCCGAGGAAGAGAAUGCGGAGUUGAGAAAGCUCGAGACUGAGCUGGUCGAUGACCCGGACAACUUUGAGACCUGGGAGAAACUGGCUCGCGCCGCCGAGGCCCUUGAAGGCGGGAUCAAUCGCAACUCCAACCCUCAGGCCAUCACAACCAUGCGCGCCGUCUACGACCGCUUUCUCGCCAAGUUUCCCCUGCUAUUUGGCUAUUGGAAGAAAUACGCGGACCUGGAGUUCUCCAUUAACGGCACCGAAGCCGCGGAAAUGGUCUACGAGCGAGGCAUUGCCAGCAUUUCGUCAUCCGUUGAUCUGUGGACCAACUUCUGCUCCUUCAAGGCGGAGACCUCCCACGAUGCCGAUGUGAUUCGAGAGUUGUUUGAACGAGGUGCAAGCAGUGUUGGUCUUGACUUUCUGGCACACCCCUUCUGGGACAAGUACAUUGAGUUCGAGGAACGCAUUGAGGCCCAGGAGAAGAUCUUCGGCAUUCUUGCUCGGAUUAUUCACAUCCCCAUGCAUCAGUAUGCUCGCUACUUUGAGCGGUAUCGUCAGCUGGCCCAGACACGUCCCCUGGCUGAGCUUGCGCCGGCAGAAAUUCUUUCGCGGUUCCGCGCCGAGCUCGAGGCUGCCUCAUCCGAUGUUCCCCCUGGGGCCAAGGCCGACGCCGAAAUUGAGCGAGAUCUCCGACUGCGCGUGGAUAGCUACCACCUUGAAGUAUUCACAAAUACUCAAACUGAAACUACCAAGCGCUGGACCUUCGAGUCGGAAAUCAAGCGUCCAUAUUUCCAUGUCACUGAGCUUGAUGAGGGCCAGUUGACAAACUGGAACAACUAUCUCGACUUUGAGGAAAUUGAAGGUGCAUUUGAUCGCAUUCAGUUCCUCUAUGAGCGGGCUUUGGUGACUUGUGCUCAUUAUGAUGAGUUCUGGCUUCGGUACGCUCGCUGGAUGGCUGCUCAAUCGGGCAAAGAGGAGGAAGUGCGCAUCAUCUACCAACGUGCGGCAUGUCUGUAUGUUCCCAUUGCCAACCCCACCGUUCGGUUGCACUAUGCCUACUUCGAGGAGAUGUCGGGCCGGGUGGACGUUGCGAAGGAUAUCCACAGCGCCAUUUUGAUUUCACUGCCCAAUCACGUUGAGACCAUCACCUCACUUGCAAACCUUUGCCGUCGUCACGGAGGUCUCGAGGCCGCAAUCGAAGUCUACAAAACGCAAUUGGAUUCGCCUGAGUGUGAUAUGGCCACCAAGGCCGCUCUUGUUGCCGAAUGGGCUCGUCUCUUGUGGAAGAUCAAGGGCGUCCCUGACGAUGCUCGCAUGGUCUUCCACGAAAACCAGCAGUACUACCUCGACAGCCGACCUUUCUGGGGCAGCUAUCUCAUGUUCGAAAUUGAGCAGCCCACUAGUGCAGCUACUGAAUCGGUUCAGUACGGGCGCAUUAAGCAGGUCAUUUCCGACGUUCGGUCCAAGAGCACCCUCUCCGUUGACGCUGUCAAAGAACUUGUGCAGAUAUACAUGUCUUACCUCCUCGAGCGGGGCACGAAGGACACAGCCAAGGAGUACAUGACCCUGGACAGAGAGGUUCACGGGCCUGCAUCGGUGGCCUUCGCUCGUACUGGGGGCACUGUGGCUGCUCCGCUUGCUCCUGCCGAGGGACACCCCGCUUCAAUCCCGUUGAUGCCCACUCCGAACAAUGCAGCCGCAGAGCAAUAUGCUUAUUACCAGCAAGCUGCUGUGAACGGCACCGCAGGGGCUUGAACAUUCAACUCAUGACUCCAGUAGCCGAUGGCUGCGCAUUCGAAUAUUUCUUUUUCACGAAUGGCUUCGUCUUCAGAAGCUUUGGUCCCCUUUCCCUUGGUUACUUACUCCUCACGCUUUAAUACCAGGGUGGGUGGAUCUUUUUUCAUGUAGCAUCACCCCGUUCCCCCCGCUGUGGAGCGUCUGCCUUUCACUGUUUUGUCUAGCGAUUUCGAUGCCGUCAACAGGGUCAGCUACCACUUUUUUCGUCAGAUGGUUAGCAUUUCCCCAUUGUGUCUGACGCCACCUUCACGACCCUAUCAAUCCCGGGUCCCUUGUGAUCCAUUGUAAUCUACUGGUUUGCCCUUUCAAUGAAACUAAUCUACGAUUG